AUGUUCGACAUCUCGUUGGCCCUCAGUAUUUUCUUUUUGGCCGGUAGAGUGACGGGAGCUGAGAGCGCAUUGAACUCCCGUGGCGAAGCGACAGUCGCCUCUGAAGAAACUGUGCUUACAAUGAAAGAUGUAUCAGUUGCCGACUCUUAUGCACAACCUUGGAUUGGAGUGGCUCGUCGCCAAAUUGUGGCCGGAUAUCUAGUCAUCGCAGCAGCUGCGGCAAUGGCGCUGAUCUACACAAUCAUUUCUUGCUUCAAAUUUAUCAACAAACGCGGAGCCAAAGCUGGCAUAGGUCAUAUGUUGAGGAGGCUGGCGGACGAAGCUGCUGACCAGUGCUCUGUAAGUCAUCUGCGAGUUGUUCAUGAUGACCCCCGUUCAAGGUCUGAUUUGAGUGCAGUGGUGAUAUGUGACAACAUGUGCUAUAUGGGGCGUGAGGAUGGCGUUUCGGAGGAGCUUGGUGGAGUUGGAGUGAACAGAGUGUCUUUGUGGGAGAAAAGCACAAGAGCAGUUGGACAGCGUCACAGACGGCAAACAGUGACGUUGCGCGGUGUUGACGCUGGGCGUGAGGAUGGCGUUUCGGAGGAGCUUGGUGGAGUUGGAGUGAACAGAGUGUCUUUGUGGGAGAAAAGCACAAGAGCAGUUGGACAGCGUCACAGACGGCAAACAGUGACGUUGCGCGGUGUUGACGCU